AUUCCGCAGCCCAUGGAAAAGCGAGAAAUCGGCGACGAGGCGGUGUGGACGCUGUCGUCCGCCAAGCAGGGCAAUGGUGUCCAGCAACUGCGAGAUGGUACGUGGCAGGCAUACUUACCUCCAUGGAUCUGGACGAGAAGUGCAUCUACAACUUCCUUCGUCAUCGUCGCAUGCUUGGCGGUGAGUUGCUCCUCUUCAACGUAGACAACCUGGACACGUACUGGCAGUCGGACGGUGCGCAGCCGCACUUGAUCAACAUCCAAUUCCACAAAAAGACGACAGUUCAAGAGGUGGCUCUCUAUUUGGACUACAAGCUCGACGAAAGCUACACCCCCAAGACGAUCACCGUUCGCACGGGCACGACCUUUCAUGAUCUUGUCGAUGUCUUGACCCACACCACCACCGAACCCACGGGGUGGGUCACCAUUCCUCUGUCGUGUCAACCAACGGACUUGUCCAUGUUGUCCGAGCAACCACUGCGAACGUUCUUCCUGCAGCUGGCCGUCACAGGCAUGCAUCAGAACGGCCGGGAUACACACAUCCGCCAAGUCAAAGUAUUUGCGCCGCGGCAGCCACAACGACCCACGGCCGGAACUUUCCAUUUCCGCGCGUCGUCGUCCGUGGAAGUGUCCUCGUUUGCGUGCAUUCGAUAACGAAGUUCGGUUGUCUACUAGUAUUUCGCAUUGAAACCAGGACAAUCUUAAACGUACAUUCAUUGACCAUAGGAUAGAUAUCCUUUGGUAUGGCUUAGCAGGUAGACUUCUAAUUGUCGUCUAAUACCGAUUCGUCCGUGG